GUAUCCAACAAAAGCAAAGAUGCGUCUGAACCUCUCCACGCUCGCAUGGCGAAUCUUCUAAAAAAAACUAAACCAAAACCCUAAUACGUCUUCACUUGUUGUUGUUGUCUUCCCCAAUCCUCCACCGCUUCGCUUCUCGCAGCAUCACAACUCUGUCUUCUUCGUUACCCAGAAGAAGAAUCAUUGUCCGUACAAAUCGUCCUUCGUUUUCUUUCCCGAUUCUCUCGAGACCCAUUUCAUCAGGCAAGAUCUUGGCCAUGGCGUCGACCUCGUCAACAUCUCCGAAACAUACCAAUCGCCUAGCCACUGAGCACAGUCCUUAUCUACUUCAGCACGCGCACAAUCCGAUAAUGGAGUUUACAACUAUAGAAGAACUGGACUUGAAGAUCUUUUCGCUUUUGGGUCCGUCUGAUCUCAUGCGUGCUUGUCUUGUUUCACGUUCCUGGUGCCAGUUUGUGAGUGGCAAUCCGUUCAUGAGAGACAUAGUUCGAGAGAUGGUAGAUGUAGCUAACACUGGAGUCACUUUCAGCAACGAGCACCCUGAUUAUGCAUUGCUAAUCAGAGCACUGAAGUAUGCUCCUAGGAUUAACUGCCUCUCUGAAGCAGUACAGGCAUCGUCUCAUCAUCAUGUUGAUGUAUAUGACAACAUCUCUAACACCGUCCAUGACUAUAUGCUGGCGGGUCCUUGGAUGAGCAGAGGACGAAGUGAUCCAUCGGAGGGAACAGAAUGGCUCAUGUAUAAGCUGACUGAGUUGUCUCUCGUUGGUAGCAUCAUGAUAUACCUAGAACCAACUUAUCCUAGCCUACCGGUCUCUCCAGUCUAUGGAACACGUUCUGUUCGCUUCAUCUUUGGCGAUAUGAACGAAGAAGGUGUUUUCACUACGACUUUUGCCACACCUUUCUUUCCGAUGACUCAGAAUAGGUGCCAGAAAUUUAGUCUCAGGAAACCUCUUAUCUGCAUCCGCAAGUUUCUGGUGGUUGAGUUUCAUGAACCGGUUAUAUCAUCUGAUGGUCUAUACCAUAUGGGGGUCUCGUAUAUCCAUGUCAAGGGAAGAGAUCUUGGAAGCUCAUUUAGACUUUCUCCGACAAGGGACUUGGCGCUGCAAGCUAUCACUUACUUGGACCCAAAGGUCAAGAGUGAGCUUGAUAUACUUGAUGCUCGUCUUCGUGUGGGUGAUGAUGUUCAAACUCCAAAGCUAGUGGAAUUCUUGAAGGACGGAACAAUGUGUGAGCGGUGUGGAUUGUUUCUGGAGAGUCAUGUCAAGAUUUUGUAUUUACUAUCUUUGUCUCGUAUGUUUGUUUCAAAUGAUGUAUAGUUUCUCAAUUGUAAACUUCGAUGCAUGUAAGCAUGUUCACCAAAAUGUUGUUUCAAAAUAUUAUGUUUACUAGUCAGUUACAAUGGCAUGUGUUCUGUUUCCCUGAAAUUUACUAGUCAGCAUCCGGGAA